GUCCGAGUGAAUUUUUACUUCUUUCACAAUUAGGCUUUUUUCUUCCUCCCUGUUUCAAGAGGAGAAAAAUGCAGGUGCUGACGGAGGGUUGGAUAGCCGUCGUUGGCUGGGUUGCUUGGUUACUUCUUGGUUGGUUGGUUCGUUGUUGAUUAUACGUUCACGGGUUGCAAGUGUGGCAGUGCUUGUUGAGAGUUCGCGGUAGUCACGUGAAGGGGAUUUUCAUUGUACUUACCAGUAUACGGCAUAGAGAUAAAUGCACAUAUACGCACAGUGUUACUAGAGAGUACAUGUAAAGAGAUGGUGACAUUGGAUUUGUGCUGAAUUUGUCAAUCAAGCAUGCUAGAGCUCGGAGAAUCAUCAUCGUAGGAAUUCGCGUAUAUCAGAUACUCCAAUUCGUGACACGGAGAGUGACAAAAUAGUCCCUGAUGUAGAAGUAGCUCGUUCAACUUCCUCUACGGAACGAAUCGCAAAUUGCCACCAAAACGAGUGUAUCCUGUGUUUAAAGUGACAAAACCCGAGGCCUAAGUGACUAAUUUAGGUGGAUGAGAGAGAGACUAGAGAGUCAUUACACGGAAUUUGUCGUCUCACGCACCUACACACCCCUGGAAUGAAUUCAGUGGCUGUGAUUGGAAGCGGUCAAUAAUCCGUUGGAUGGACCAACCAAAAACCGAAUGCUGUGAGUUGAGCUUCAUGAUUUCAACUCUGUGGCCAUUGUCGACUCAAUUGCGACGGGUGUCGGCGAUAAUUGGUCCACCAUGAAUUGUUUGAAAGUGAGCGAUCCGGACUCACAAAACAGGAUUAGAAGCUGGUCAUCCUCACAUGUGGAUAGUGUUGGAGACUCCAAUCAUUCUCGGCAAAGCAUGGACAGCAACGAUACUUGGCGACGCAUCCGACUCCAACAGAUCUUUUUCAAGGCGGUCAUCGACAACGACUUGGAAAUCGCCGUCCGAUGUUUACACCACGGAGCAGAUGUGGCCGAAGAGUACCAACCCUACAGCCAAACGGUUUUGCACCAAUCCGCGCAAAAGGGAUUCCUUCGGAUGACUGAACUCCUUCUGCGGGCAGGUGCUAAUCCCAAUACCUUGGACGAAAAGUCGUUUCUUCCACUCCACUAUGCAUGCCAAGAAGGCCACUUCCAUACCGUGCGAUGCUUGCUUUUCUUCGGAAGUAUGGUUUCCAUUGAAAACGAGUAUGGCGAUGCUCCUAUUCAUACGGCCACUCGAUAUGGACAUCUCGACAUCAUUCCAUUACUCCUUUCCAUUGAACUGAAACGAGAUUUCGGAGCUCGAGAGGUUCCCGAUCAUUUGCAAGGCAUUUACCAUUUAAACUUACAAAAUGCGAAUGGAGAUACUCCACUUCACAUUGCGAGCGCACUCGACCGAAAAGCCAUUGUGAAGAAGAUUCUUUUAUGGGGAGCGGACCAAUCCAUUCCAAACAGGCAAGGCUUCACUCCCCUACAAGUUGCUCUGGAGCGACAACACACCACGAUCGUGAAACUUUUGAAGACUCCAAGCGUGGUUUUGAGCAGCCAUGAGGCCUUUGCCAUGGCCAAUUCUUUCCGAGAUAGUGGACGAUUUACCACUUCGGAGAGCAAUAGCUAUCCAUUCAAAAGCAUGGAAGGGCUGCAAAAGUACACGGAGGACACCAGAAGGCUCAAGAACGAUAUCGACGGCAUCCCUCGAAGCUAUUUGGACCAUGAGAUUUCUCAAAUGUCUCCACCAAGCGUCGAAAUCGAGAAUGUUCACAAGCAAUCCCAAGUGGAUGGUCGUUCUGAAAGUUUUAGAAACUUGACAGUCCGCCCGAUUCAACCCAAUGAAAUCAUCACUAAUGGUCACUUCAUCAAACGCCGCCCAUUGGGUACAAAUGGAUCCCAACGUUUAGGUCCUAGUAAGAAGUUGAUGGAACGUGAGGCGCUUCCGAACAAUCUGAACGAUUCCCAAGCGGAUGACAUGGCGUUCCGCAUCAGUCACCUCCAAUCCUAUGGAAGGAGAUCGGCUUCCGAUUAUCUCCUGGCCAGAUCCAUGGAUGACAAGCUCAAUCUCGCCGAUGACAG